AUGUCUGAUCAUUCAAAAACCGAAGGACAUUGGGAAUCACAUUCCUAUUCAUCGAAAACAACUAAAAUUGGUGAUAAUCCAGCAAUUGUUACUGGCAAAGAAGCCGAUGCUGAAGGAGCUUUCGAUCAUGGUAAACCAGUAGUUACAGAAUCUCAUGCUACUUCAUUUUCAAAUGUUGGCCAUCCAAACAAAAUCGAAAUUAAAGAUGAAAGCAGUGGCAAUCACAAAUCUAUUAAAUAA